AUGCAGGACGGACUACGUGGACUGGCCACUAAGCGCGUGGCGGGCUCGCUGGGAGCGGAGAUCCACAAUGUGGACCUCAAGUCUUUAGACGGCACCGCCGUCAAACAAAUCAGACAGGCCUUUGCAGAACACAAAGUCAUAUUCUUUCGUGACCAGCAUCUGUCGCCGCCAGAGUUCCUCUCCUUCGCCUCCAAAUUCGGCGAACCAGUCGAAUAUCCGAUGGUGAAAGGAAUUGAUGGUUACCCCAAGAUCAUCGAAGUCUUGAAACAAGAACACGAGACCACAAACUUUGGCGGUGUCUGGCACGCCGAUACCACGUACCUUCCCGAACCGCCUAUGGGUACGAUCUUAUUAGCACGACAGAUCCCACCGUACGGAGGGGACACACUUUUUGCCAAUCAAGCCGCAGCUUACGAUGCUCUAUCUGACGGCCUAAAGGCCACGCUGGCGCCACUCCGCGGCAUCAGUAGUUCAGCCAAAGCCGAUGCCUCCAAGACACGCGAAGACCGGAUCAAAGACUCUGGCAUGAAGUCCGCUGAUCUCCUGGCUAGCCAUCCCGUCGUUCGCACACAUACGGUCACGAGCAAGAAGAGUCUGUACGUCAAUGUAGCACACACUGUGCGUUUCGAUGGCUGGACGGAAGACGAGAGUAGACCGCUACUCCAAUAUCUAUUCCAGCACCAGGUCAAGCCGGAAUUCACAUGUCGCUUCUCGUGGGAGGAAGGCAGCAUUUCUUUUUGGGACAAUCGAACUGUGUUGCACAAUCCUAUUAAUGAUUAUCAUGGCUUUCGACGGAGUAUGCACCGCAUUACGUUGGCUGGAGAAGUGCCCGUAUAG